AAGAUCUGCCGAGAUGCGGAACCUUUGAGCAUUUGGUGUUCUAGACCGUACCAUUGAUUGAGCAGGCCUUGUAUUCCUCAGCUGAUCCUUCUAGACAAAGAUCAUGAGUAAAGACUAUCAGCUGAGAGCCGCAAUCAACCAGAAGCUGAUAGAAAUGGGUGAACGGGAGCGGUUGAAAGAGCUGCUCAGAGCGAAACUGGUGGAGUGUGGAUGGAAGGAUCAGCUGAAAGCACAAUGUAAAGAUGUUAUCAGAGAAAAGGGCCUGGAGCAUGUCACAGUGGAGGACCUGGUUACAGAAGUCACACCAAAAGGCAGAGCGCUCGUGCCGGACAGCGUGAAGAAGGAGCUGCUGCAGAGAAUCCGAGCGUUUCUAGCUCAGCACGCCAGCCUGUGAAACACAACCCGGCUCGUGGAUCCACCAUCCGAACCCAGACUGAUGUUCCUGCUCAUUGUGAAUUUCAUUUUGUAUUCGUGUCUUUUCAUAUUGAUUUUAGUUUGUGAUGCCAUUUUGGAAAAAAAUAAAUAAAUAAAAAUAAAGUUUUGCCUA